GAGCGAACAUAAGAGCGCUGCCGAAGAGAUGCGGCGUUGCGUGCGAUACAGCAUGAUUUCUGCUGAUCUGUGUGCCAUAGGAGACCAGGCAGGAUUCAUCUCGGAUUCAGUUCUUGCGGAACCGUCGACGGGAUUGGAUUGUUGGAAUCGUGCGAAGCCUUUCGUGGUGGCGUCCUUGUUCGAGGUGACUGUACAAACCUUGUGUGUGGAGGAAAGGUGAAAAUUUUGGUGCAAAGCUUCCUCGCUUCAUGAAGGCAGAAAUUACCACCCCAUACCACCCACUCUACCAACAGUUUGAGCGCCUCAUGCCGAGGUCUAAUCUCGGAGAAAAAUUAACAACGUGGACUGCAGCUGUGUCCCUGCGUGAUGCGUCUUGUGCUGAUCGUUCGCAUAUGGAGAUGCAUAGUAACCGAGUGAAAGGCAUUCCCCGGUGGCUCCUUCAGUAUAUUUCUGGCGGAUAUUAAACCACGUUUGUGUACCGAGCGGAUGGAAAACUAGUAACUUUUAGAAGCCCAGUGUGAAUAAAUGAAGUGCAAAAAAGAUCCCAAAGAAGAAUAAAACAACGGAUAAUUCAAUCAUCGUGGUUUUGAUUCGUCGUAGUGCGAAAUGCAAUGACAAAGGAUGUAGAACAUUCAAUUAAUUUGCAACGUGAAGUUCUCAUGUUUUUUUUUUCAAAUUGAUAUAUUAUCGUGCACUAUUUGUUGUAGAGGAAUAAAAUACCAUGUUAUGCACAAAAGGUCCACUGUAAACAAUUUCGUGGAUCUAGUGAAUCUGUAUGGAAUCAUUCUAUGCUGGAUAAUUAUCAAUUAGAUAAUUGAAACCAAUCGAGUUUUCCCACAUGUGAAAAAUAUCUGUUAACCAACUCAUCAUUGGUUCUUCCCAUAGCUGUGCCACAGCCGCAGGAAGAUAACGAAAACCCAUCAAACUGUGAUUGUGAAUCAGACCGAUACUCGAAAGUGCUAAUAUUUGGAUUGCUAUUCCAAUCGAGAACUACCGCAAGCUUUGCUGUUUGAGUCUCGAUUACGCUUAUUAGCGGAAUCAUCACUUAACAGCCAGGAAACCCGUACGACCACCGUACCACCAAGUGAUGCUGAAUAUUAAUGUUGAAAAAUUCCGGAAAAACCCAUACGUGUCGGUAGCCUAGAUCCAGAUUGCGGGGGCCCCAUUGAAUAGUGAUUUGCCCUCGAGAUUGAAAUUGGCCACAUUUGGUAGAUAUUGGUUUUCGGUGUGGGGUCUGCAGGGAGGUGGGCUAGGAAAAAACCCGAAGCCGUGCGGUAGAUGAUUAUGCUUAUGUGUUUCGCACCGGAAGCCGAAAUUGAAUGAAUUGAAAAUGACGAAAUUUAUGUGUUUGACGUCGGGGCCGUAUUAUGGGUGUUUCGUGCUGCCGUAGAAAAAAAAGUGUGUGCGUGUGUGGUGGAAAGCGAGAAUGAGUUUCCCGACCAGCAGCAGCAGCAGCUGUGUGCCUACGUUUUCGUAAAUACAUUAUUUAUGUGGAAUUUCACUUUACGGAUUUUGACACUUUCAAGUGAUGGGGAUAUCCGACGGAAAUUAGAAGGUUUGUAAUGAAUUUAUCUAUACCAGAUCGUGAAUGUGAAUGGGACAUGCGAUAGCAGAUGAGUGGAAAUGCGUGAUUUGGAAUAUAUUGAACCACAACAUUGUUUUUGUUUUGAAGCUUAAUGUAUGGAAUCGUCGAAGUGAAAGUUAUAGAAUACCAUCGCGUGAAUACAGCAACAUAUCGUUUGUUCUGCCUCAAAUACGGAAAAACCUGUUAAAUAAAAAUUCAUAAACAUCGAAUCAUUUCAACAUUUUUGUUCCGUAAAAAUCUUUAACGACCUUCAACUGUGAGUCUUAAUUUGAGCCAGCGUAGAAAAAAGCGUAGAAUAAAAUCUAACAGUACUACUCAUCAUCGUCGUUUGUGUUUGACGUUCGCUUAGCGUGAGCAUGUUGAAUUUGACCGUUGAUCAAUAUUUAAAGUUUUCUCGCGUUUAAUCAGUUCGCAUCAUCAUUAUCAGUUUACUGUUGUUGCUUGACAGACAUCGGCGCUCUGACAGCAUCCGCAAGCAUUAAUCGACCGUAGUGCGCGUUGUUCGAGAAAGUGCAAACAUCGAGGCCCACGAGAGAGAGAGAAAAUUUUGCUCUACUAACGUUGUCCCGGUUUGGCGAGGAUGAAACUGCGGCGGAUGGGCGAAGAAAUUCAUAAAUACGUGACUUUACGAGCUGAUGCCAGCGCGACGUGGAGUGAUCUCGUUGAUUGUUGUCGCCGGUCGUGGUGCUCCAAAACGGCUAGGCGGGUGUCCAGAACGCCCCCUAGUUGAGAAGAGGUCAGUCCGUGUCCCACUGAGCGAGCGAGAGAGAUAUUCAAAUUAAAUGGGUGACGUCUCAUAAAUCAACUCUUAAUACGAAUUCCACACGCUCGGGAAUACGCUAACUGCUGUGCUGCUGAAGGUGAGAGUGUAGUGAGCUUAGAGGAUAACUGGAAAACAUCCCACUCUGUGCGACUGAUACUGUGAUAUAAGUUUGUGGUGCGAAGCGAGCAGUGGGCAACCACCAGAAAUUCACCAUAUUUGGAACCAAAAUCCGAAACCGAAAUUUCAUUCAGAGCAUAAAAAUUAUUCCGGGUGGUUUGCCCGAUUGCCAGAUUCCUUGCUGUAACAAAACGAAAGUUUCUACCGAAGGGAUAACGCUCCGAAACUAUUUGGUCCCAAGACGCCACUAGCAGCUAUCAAACAAAAUGAUUGGCCUGCCAAACUUAAGCAAUAUAAACGCCAACCAGCACAUGUACCGAAGCUAUCCUAACCUGCCCCACUCCUUCUACCCCCAAACCCAACAGCCCAACACUUUCCAACACUCGGUGACCCUUCCAUGACAGUAUAGCCAGAACCGACAGACUCGUAAAAACAAUUGCUACUACUGCAACAACAACAUCAAUCUCACCUGCACCUGUUUGUCGUCGAGUGCCUUAGGAUAUUUCUACUCGACAUCACAAACUCUUAACUCGGCCCCAUCGACACUCCCCCGGCGAUCCCGUCCCUCUUAUCAUCACAAUCUGCCACCAACAUACCAGUCGCUAGCCCCCACCACCACCCAAAAGCCAUUCCAUUUAACCCAACAACCACGACCACCCACGACUGCCACCAAGUCAACUUCCACCGUAACGGCUGUCCGUCAGCAGCAAAAUAAAGAAUCACAAGUCAACGAAGAAAUGCUAGGCAUCACCACAUCAAAUGACCCUGACUCACCGGCCCUCUCAGCCUCACCGCCGCCGGCACCGGCCCCAAGGCCACCACCGGUCCGGAACGGCUGCCAGAGGUGCCGAUUCUCGUCGAUGAUGGCCUCGAGCAAUUCGAACCUGUCCCGUUCCCACCAACAUCUGGCAGGAAGUGCCAACAACACCCUCACCCGGGGGAGCACACACAACAGCAGCCUACGGGAAAGUGGGGGUGGCAGCAAUCACAUGGCUACCAGUAGCGGACAUUUGCACACGGCAGGAACCGCAGCAGCUGCCGCUCCAGCAGGGCACCAUGCACACAAUGGAACGUAUCCCGGUGCGUACGACAGGGGUCGACUGCUAGAGGAGGAGGAUUCCGCCUAUCCGGCGCUGCUGGAGCGGGAGCUGCACUCGCUUCACCGGAAUGUCCCAGCGUUACGACGAGCCGGAGUAGACACCACUGCAAUUAGACAGCAUUUCUAUCCGGAUGGCGGCUGGGGUUGGAUUGUUUGUGGCGUUGCAUUUCUCGCACAUGUUCUCACCACGGGAUUCCAGCUGUCCUACGGGCUGCUACUGCUGUACGCGAUACGCCACCUGGGGAACGAGGUGAAUACCGAAGCAGGAUGGCUCGGUGCUGCCAGCUGGGCAAUGUCACUCCUCGCGGCGACCGUCGUGGUGGCACUCUGUCGGCGAAAAUCAACUCGGUUGACGGCUGUCCUCGGUGGCCUGGUGCUGGCGUUGGGAAUACUGUUCACCUCGUUCGCCACCCAACUGCACCAGGUAGCGUUCAGUUAUGGUGUAAUAGUUGGCGUGGGUGCUGCAAUGGUUCGUGAGUCGGCUGCCGUAAUGCUGGGACACUACUUUAAGCGACGGAGACAGUUUGUCGAAAUGAUUACAAUGUCAGGCGAGGGUGUCGGCGUGGCCCUGUUUUCUGUGAUACUGAAGGAAGGAGUUGGGAAGAUGGGCUGGCGCCUGGGCCUCCAAGCCGUCACCGGACUGGUUUCGUUUAGCUUCUUUAUGGGGAUGCUGUACAGGCCGGCGUCACUUUACCACCCCCAGCGGCGAGCGAUUCUGCAUUUGAAAAACCAGCGGAAGAAGGUGAAGGAAAAGAAAACCCACGUCCGCACGCCGAAGCCUCCGUUUCUGGAUUUUACCCCCCUAAAACUCCCAUCCGUACGGAUGCUAUCGAUCUCGGCGGCAGUGGCCGCGUUUGGUGUCUACUCUCCUAUAUUUUUUCUGUCACUACACGGAUUCGCCGAAGGGUACGAUAUGCAGGAUCUGGUGCUGCUUCAAACCUUCCUCGGUUUGUCGAUAGCGCUCGGUAUCGUAUUCAGCGGGUCGUCCAUCAACAAAACAGUGGAAGUUUCGUUCAAAAAAAUUCAAAUAUCUCGUCAAUAUGUUUGUCAGGGCUGUGUUACGCUAGUAUCCCUCUCGCUCCUAAUUCUAUCGGCAGUCGCGGAUUACCGGGGGCUUUGUUUUUCGGCAUGGGCCUAUGGCCUAGGACUGGGCGGUUAUCGGUAUACGCUGAAAAUGCUUGCCAUCGAACGAAUCCGCGGCAAAUACUUCUCGAAGGCUUGGGGUUUCAUCAAGAGCGCUGAAUCGCUACCGGUGCUACUGGGGGUACCAUUGUGUUCCUUCCUCAACGACUCAUCCCACAGAUACGGUCGGGCCGGAUACUACAUUUGUGCGGCCAGUGCAGCCAUCUCUGCGAUUAUACUAUUCUUCGUUGGUCAUCCCGACGGAAGGAGUAUGAAGUAUUCGGUCAACGGAUCAAUCACAUCCCGCUGCACGGCUCCCACCUCGUCCAGUGACUGCCACCACAUGUUGAACCGAAGUUUUUCAUCGCAACGAUUUAACAAUCAGUGGUAUCCGAAUACCCACAGCACCAAUCUGUCCAGCAGCUGUCAGCCGGGCUUUGGGGCGUACGGAGGACAACAGCAGCCCCAGCAGCGCUGCUCAUCGAAUCAGUUCGUUAAUGGUGGCGUUGGCUUGCUGACAAGUUCGACUGGUCUGGAUGGGGGAGCCACGGGGGUGGCAAACCACAGCUAUCACAGUCCUUACUGCCAAAGUGCUAGCCAAUUGCAUCACGGUCGGUUGCACAAAAGUCUGUCGUUCGCCUUCCAAACGCCAAUGAUGACAAACGAGGACCGAGCCCAGCACACAUGCCAGCAGGGAGGCCAGUCUAGACAAUACGCCACCGAGUAUCCCCCGAGCCGAUGCUACUCUAGGUGCGAAAUUCACCACACCAGCCAUCCCCCGCGUGACGUUACCACCCAUCGGACACCACCCACCGCCCGAGCCGUCGGUUCGUCAUCGUCGUCGUACAUGUGCGCCACCAAUGGGCUGCAAAGCAACCCCUCCCGCAGUCGCAGUGUCCCCGAGGGACUCGCCAACCCACACAGGACACCCGCUGAUUGCCACUGGAAUCACUGCCACUGGACCACCGCCAACGGAAUGAACUUUUGUCGGCCCACGCGCCCCAUUCAGGUGGUGGAACAGAUCACCACAUCCGUUUGACUAAAGUUUAAGAUUAUGCGAUUUUUCCUCUGCAUCUCCAUUCAUCUGCUGGAGGGAUUGUUCUCGUAGUUUGUAUAAACAUCACGAGUAUACUCCUCGCCCAUUGCAUAUCUCAUCGAAAUGUGAGUCCUGGUACGGGAAACGCCAACAUGAGCGUUUCUCACAGGCGUGUCACAUUAACUAUCAUUCAGCCACGGGCGUGUUUAUCGUUGCUUUUGAAGCAUAUAUCCCUUUAGGCAUAGCGAGAGAGAAAAAAAUAUAACGAGCAGACUCUUGGAAUUUUAAAAUAUAUAUAAAUAAUAAAUGUGUUCAAUACGCCAAAUAAAUAAUUACACUGAGAAAAAAAACAAGUGGCGUCUGAUAUAAACGUCACGCGCGUUCGAAUAAUCUCGAUUCAUUAAACGUACAAUUUAGGAACUUUGCGUGGGUGAGUUUCUCUCGUCCUACCCCGUUUCAAAUGAAACAAAAUCAAGCUAAAUGAGUUUGCUGGACGCUAGCUCGAAGUGCGAAUAGUAAAAAAGCGUUAUUCUAAAAUGUGUAAAUAAUCAUCUUUCCCCCUCUAGAAUUUAUAGUUAAAAUUAGUUAUCGACCGAAUAUCGAACUCGUUUUGCACUGUCGCGUGAAUCCCAGAUUCCGGAACCCCGUAGGAGGGGAUACCAGCGUUGUAGUAUUUCUCUCGAAUGAAUUAUGGUAGGAUGCGUUUGAUAUGUUCGAUAACAGAGGAAACCCAUUAUGAAUGGGGUUCCACACAAUUGACAAAUCAUUUUAAUCUGAAAUGUGUGGGUGGUAGCCAUAUAGCGCACACUUCUGCAUUGAAAACUCCUAUACAGGAACAAUAUAUUUAAGAUUUAUUUGUUGAACUUGGUAGCGGUAUAAAUGGAGAAGAUAGCCAUCGGUAUGAAUUUAGAGGAAAACUACGCCAAAGCGUGACUGUUAUCACGAUGUAAUUAUAUUAUAUUUUUCCCGAUUUUUUUGUUGUAUUCUUAUGAAAUUAGUAGACAGGAAUUGAACAUAUUUGGGAGCACUCUGUGAGAGAAUGCGAGACAGGAAGGGUAGUGUUUUAUUAAAUAAACAUU